CGUUUUCUGAAUUACUUUCUUCCACUAAAUGGCUUUUAAGAAAAAAAUGCUGUUGAAAGAAAUUAUGUUUAUAAUAAGGCUACGAUAAUGUAUGUCGUUUUCGUUUAGAUGUUUAUUUAUAAACGAGGUGACAUGACAUGCGCCAUGGAAAAUAGGACACAGCAAUGGCUUGAAGAAGAAGAAAAGAGCAUCGCGCAUACAACUAUUGCUUUGGUUGUUCCGAUGGUCUAUGCAUUUUCCUAUAAUACUUUUCGUAUGUUCAAAAGUCGUUUUUUGUUAUUUAAAUGUAAUGUUUGUAAUUGUUCAAGAUACGUACAAAUCAUACGCAUUCAAAUGUUGUGUCUGAAAUUACAAUUCAAAUGUCAUCAAAGCAACAGAGAACUCGUUCUCGAUUCAAGGUGAUAACUCCAUUUCGAUCAUUGGUUCUCUGUGGUGAAAGUAGACAAGAAAUGGAAGAUUGGUUGAAUGCAAUAAGAACAGUAACAGAGAAUCAUCCUCAAACAGAUUCUGAUAUUGCCGAAAUGCUAAAUGGUAAUCAUCAUUGGUAUGCAACAAGUCAUGCAAGACGAAUAUACUGUAAUGUUUGCAGAGAUGCUCUUUAUGGUGUUACAUCUCAUGGUUUGAGUUGUGAAAUAUGCAAAUAUAAGGUUCACAAACGAUGUAGUAUAAAAGCAAUAAAUAAUUGCAAGUGGACCACAUUGGCAUCUAUUGGUAAGGACAUUAUUGAGGACCAAGAUGGGAACAUUACUAUGCCUCAUCAGUGGAUGGAAGGCAAUUUACCUGUAUCCUCAAAAUGUUCAGUAUGUGAGAAAACUUGUGGCUCUGUACUCAGACUUCAAGAUUGGAGAUGUUUAUGGUGUAGAGCUACAGUACAUACAGCAUGUAGACCUGUCAUAGGUGUUAAAUGUCCAUUAGGACCAGCUAAAUUGAGUGUAGUUCCUCCGACAGCAUUGCAUAGUAUAGGUAGCGAUGAAGCUUGGGAAGCUACUAGACCUAUUGGAUGCAGUCCACUUUUAGUAUUUGUAAAUAGUAAAUCUGGUGACAAUCAAGGUGUUAAAUUUCUUAGAAGAUUCAAACAAUUAUUAAAUCCAGCACAAGUAUUUGAUCUUAUAAAAGGAGGACCAGGACCAGGGUUGAGAUUAUUUCGUCAUUUCGAUCCAUUUCGGAUUUUGGUAUGCAGCGGGGAUGGAUCUGUUGGUUGGGUUCUUUCGGAAAUUGACCGUUUAGGGAUGCAUAAGCAGUGUCAAGUUGGAGUGCUACCUUUGGGAACAGGAAAUGAUUUAGCACGUGUAUUGGGUUGGGGGUCCUCUUGUGAUGAUGAUGCUCAUUUACCCCAAUUGUUAGAAAAAUAUGAAAAGGCGGGCACAAAAAUGCUUGAUCGAUGGAGUAUCAUGACUUUUGAACGUAGCAUAUCUUUACCAUUCCCAAAAAAUGAGUUAAGUCCAUCUAAUACGAUGUUAAAGUCAAACAUUGCUCAUCAAUAUGAGAAUAAUGUUAUUACUCACCUAACAAGCAUUUUGGAGUCAGAUCAGGAAAACGUAGUUAUGUCUAGUAUUAGAAUUCUGUGCGACACAGUAAAAGAUUUUGCAACAUAUAUAAGGGAGAAUGUAAACUCCGAGGACCAACAAAUGGAUGAUAAAUGUAAAAUACUUCAAAACAAGCUUGAUUUAUUGUUACAAACAUUAUGUAAAGAAGAACGUUACUUAACUGAACAUUUAGAAGACGUCGAUAAUAUUACUUUAAAUACUGACAUUUCUGUCUCACCUGAUAGCUGUGAGAAAGGAGUGCUAGAAAAGCCAGAAAAAGACAUAACAAAUUUAAAAAGACUUCAAAGAAGAAGGCAACUUACGGAAAAAGAAAGUGUAAUAUCAAGAGCAAAUAGUUUGAAACGGAUAAUAAGACAUCUAGUGGAGUAUGCCCAAGUGGCUAUUGAUGAUCAAAUUAAUACAGACACAAAACAUACUACUAAGAUACCAAAUACAAGUAUUUCAUUAGAUGAUAGUACUGUGUUAAAUUCAAUAUCAAGUAAAAAACAAUUGGAUAUUCCUGGUUUAAAAGUGGACCAUGUUGACAAUUUAUCUAUUGAACCAUUAAUAGAUUCUAUACAAAAUAUAGAUAACUUAACAUGUAAUAGCCCUACUCCUAAUGUAGCUUUUUUAAGUCCGAUACCUGAUCUUAGGAGAGAUUCUCAACCUGAAGAGCUAUUAACAUUACCCGCUCCCGAUGGUUUUGCUGAUAGUAGACGAAACAGUGAAAAUUUACCACAAGAUUCUCUUGAUUUCGAUAUGCCUACAGUUCAGUCUAUGAACAAUCAGCAAGAAAUAGAAAAUCUUGUGUCUAAUGAUCAACAAUUAUCUGAAUCUAAUAACAUAGAAAUUUCUUCAGAUUUUCAAGUUAGUGUUACAAGAACUACCUUUGAUACGAGCUCGCCUUCAGAUGAUGCUACUAUGCAAGAUACUAUAAUUUCUCCUGACACAGAGUCAUUUCAAUCUAGACAUAUAUCCCCAGAACAUACUCAGAAAUUUGAAAAUAGAAUUAAAACUGAUACAAGUAGAGGUAGCUGUAGUAAUAGUAUCAUUAGUACAGAUAGUACAAUUUCUGAUACUUUGGAUUUUAAGAAUUAUAUGAUACGAAAUAGUGAAAGUGAAAUUGCUCGUAUAAAUAGCGACAUAUUUGAUUCUACAAAAAGGUCUGAUAGUUCUGAUAUCGGGCACAUUGAUUCUCCAGAUAAUUCAGACAUACUUCCUAGCGACGUACAAAAUUCUGAAAGUUUAAACGAUGAUUUAAGUUCUCUUGGACAAGAUGUGAAUAGCACAAAUAUUGGGGAAAAAUAUGACUCUGUAAGAGAGGGUCUUGAACCUGAGCAAAUGGAAAAACCACAGAAAUAUUGUAGCAUAGCUCAGUUCGUUGAAGGCAAUGAUAUCGCUAAACGAUCAUUUAGAAAACAAAUAACAAAGAGCUCUGUUAUAGAAACUGAGAAUAAAAGCAAGCAUAACAUAGGAUCAUCUGGACAGAACAGUAAUGAUAUUAACCAAUUAAAAGAUUCUCGAGAUGGCAAAACGUCUGAUUUAUUAAGUCCUGUAUGUUGCUUUAAUGUUUCUUCAGAUACUACGACAACAAAUGAAAAACCUAAUAAUUUUCCACCAUCGAUAAGUGUUAUAAUUAAUCCUCCUAGUCCAUCGGCAUCAAUUGAAAGUCAACAUGAUUCAGACGGGGGAUAUAAAAUGAGUCCGUAUUUAAGACGAUAUAAUGAUGAAAGCAUGGAAAAAUUAAGUGUAGAGCUACCAGAAUCAGGUUUUUCUCCGCAAGCAACUCGACGAAUUAGCAGUGGAAGUUUGAUAAAAGCAUCAGAAGUAGUAUCUUUAGCUGCUACAGCUGCAAGAUUUGAUGGUUCCAAUGCAAGUUUACGCCAUGAAAGAGUAAAAUCUGUUGACAAAACUGAAGAUGUUAAAAAACUUCCAAUUAUUAAUCCUUUAGUUCAGUUACCUAUGUGGCCAAAUGUCAGUGGAGGAACAGGUCUCAUUAGUCAAGCAUUGCUUGCAAAUGCAGAUGCACUUUGUGCAGCAGUGUCACCAUUAAUGGAUCCUGAUGAAACUUUGAUGGAAGGUUACUUUGAACGUUGUGUUAUGAACAACUAUUUUGGAAUUGGUAUAGAUGCAAAAAUUAGUCUUGAUUUUCAUCAUAAAAGAGAAGAACAUCCUGAGAAAUGCCGAUCACGGGCAAAGAACUAUAUGUGGUACGGUGUGUUAGGAUCCAAACAAUUGUUACAAAAAACAUAUAAAAAUCUUGAACAAAGAGUACAAUUAGAAUGUGAUGGUCAACGUAUACCAUUACCGUCUUUACAAGGAAUCGUUGUAUUAAACAUUCCAAGUUUUAUGGGUGGCACAAAUUUUUGGGGAGGCACGAAAGAAGGAGACCUGUUUUUAGCGCCUUCGUUUGACGAUCGCAUAUUAGAAGUUGUGGCUGUGUUUGGUUCUGUACAAAUGGCUGCAUCACGACUUAUUAAUUUGCAGCAUCAUAGAAUUGCACAGUGUCAAACGGUUCAAAUUAAUAUUUUGGGAGAGGAAGGAGUACCCAUACAAGUUGAUGGUGAGGCAUGGAUUCAGAGGCCCGGUAUUAUACGCAUUAUACAUAAAAACCGUAUGCAAAUGCUUUACCGAAAUCGAGCAUUGGAGACAUCUUUAAAAACGUGGGAGGAAAAACAACGCAAUACACUUAAUGCAAUAUCCCAUUCAGUGUCUACUAUAAACAGUGCACAAUUACAAUUACAAUCACAAUCAAAGUCUCAUUUACCAGUAAUCGGUAAACCAUCACAUUUGAACGAAGAAGAAAUGUAUAUUUUACUGGGUUUUAUUGAAGUUGUUACAACUUUAGUUAAAUGGGUGAAGCUUCUUAUUAUAUCACAUCCAAGCUUGGAAGCUGAUUUGUAUCAAGUCGCAGCAAGAACAGCCCAGGCACUUGAACAAGUUCAUCCCGAUGGAAAAAUAUUACAGGGAAACAAUUUAAGGCCGGUUGUAACAGAAUUGGUAUCAAGCGCAAGACAACUUUACGAAGAUUCGUGCGAAUUACUUAGGGAUAAAGCACAUAAUUUGAAAUUACGAGAAGGUUUGGAGAAUAACUUGUCUUUUUCUCUGGCCAGUAUGGAACAAGAAUUAAAAAAAUGUACAUUUGAUGAAGGUGGUACAGGAUUAGUAUACUUACAAAAUUUACCAUCAGAUGAACAGGGAGAUAAAAAGAAUCGACACAAAGGUUUGUUUUGGUUAAAAUUCCGACGUUCAGGAGGUAAUUCUGGAGCACACCCUGUUCGGGAACAAGUUACUACAUGGGGAGUACAAGAAGUUUGUACUUGGCUAGAAAGUCUACAGUUGGUUGAAUAUACUGAUAAAUUCGUGUCUCAUGAUAUACGAGGUAGGGAAUUAUUAUCAUUAGCCCGUAGAGAUCUCAAAGAACUUGGUAUUACUAAAGUAGGACACGUUAAAAGAAUCUUGCAAGCUAUUAAUGAUUUAAAUAAUUAGGUAUACGACACUUAAUUAAAUAUUUCAAAGUAUAAAUCAUACAAUCAAUAGAUAAUAUAUUAUAUUAGUUAAUAAUUAUCUGAAAAUACAGAAUUACGGAGAUACAUUAAUGAUACUACAUUUUUUUGGUGCACAGAAAUCAUUUGAAAGUAGAAAAAUAAGUGGGUAUUUACGCUGUUAUCGCAAACAUGAUGUAAUACUAAAUAUGCAAUAUAAACAAAAUGUAGAUAUUCUGAUAAAAAGGGACACUUACUGUGACGUAACAGUGUUAUAAAAAAAAAAAAUUAUUUUCUACACUACUCUGUGACAAAAUAAUGUUAUUAGUGCCAAAUUGUUAAAUUGACUUCAUGUUAAGCAUGCUAUAUCCAUACUUAAUACAAUACCUUUAAAUGCAAUGACAACACAAACGUAAUAUUCAUUAUGCAUUUAUAAAACGAGUAAGAUUUUAAUAGUAUAAUAAUUUAUUAAAAAGUAAUUUAAUUAACAGUAUCAUUUAUAUUUAUUCCUUUGUAUAUUGUACAAAAAUUAAAGACUUUAAAAAUUACGUAUUAAUGUAAAUCAUAUAUAAGUUUAGAAAUACGUGUUUUUGCAUUUUAUUUGACAAUUUUUACAUUUGAUAAAUAAUGAUAAAUUUGAUAAAUAUUUAGAAUUUCGGAAUAUAUUAUGUUAAGUUUACUUAAAACAGUAUUAAUAUAUUUAAAAAUUACAUUCUAAAUAUUAGGUAUGAAAUAAGUAUUGUCAAUUAUAUAAUUUAUAUAAGUACAUUCUAUUUGCAAUUUACAUUAAUUUGAUGUGACUUUAAUUUUUUACGUAAAAGUAUAAAUGUGUAUGUACUGUAUGUAUGUAUAUAUAUACACAAUAUAUACACAAGAUACUUUUAAAAUAAAACUAUAUUUAAAUUUAAUACAACUGUGUGCAUAAAAUGUUAACAGUAAACUAAAAUCAAUUGUUAUUAUGUUUAUAUUUAAAAUUUCACAUAAUCUAUAUUAAACUAUAUUAUAUAAAGUAUAUACACAUAUACAUAUAUGUGCACAUGUGCUUAAUCAUACAAAAGAUAUAUACAUAUAUUUACAUAUAUAUCCCACUGUAUACGUGUAAAAUGUUCUGAAAUUUUUUUUUACAUAUGUUCAAUACUUCGUACUUACAGUAUUUUAUCACAUUUGAAUUAUACUCAAAGAAACAUUUUUAAUACACAACAAUAUCUAAUGAAAGUGAGAUUUAAUCAGUAUGAUCAGGGUAAACUAUGUAACCGUUGCAAAUCAUAGCUUUUUUGCGGUAUAAUUAGAAAACAACGUUAAAAAAAACCAGAUAAAUGGUUCAAAUAGUAUUACAUUUGUAGGAUCAUACAUUUUUUGCAUUUUAACGAUUGUAUUAUUUUUUUAAACAGAACUAUAUAUAUACAUAUUUACAUUUUUAACUAUUCACCUCCUUCCUGCAACAUUUUUUUUUGUCUAAUUACACUGCAAAAACAGUUAUUACUUGUAACUGUUACGUGCACCGCUCUGUAUAACAAUUGAAAGAAUAAAUUAACAAUCAUGAUAAUGAUAAUAAUGACAUUGACAAUGAUAAAGUAAAAAGAACGUGUGUAAAACACCCGCCAAUGGCAAUAAAAAUAUCAUGUACAAAUUUACUGGAAAAGAAAGAGAAAACAAAUUUUUAAGAUGUAAGUAUAUGUUUGAAGAGGAUGCCGUUAGUAUAAAGGCAAAGUAGGAAGGCGCGAUUGACAAAAUUUAAAUAUAUGAAAUUCUUCUAAAUAGUACAUUCAUUAAGUAGAAAAUAAUUUCUUAUAAAUAAGCACAUAAAACUAAUAGUAUUGCACUACCUAAUGGCUAUUGCCACUACUUUUAUUACUACUAAUUUAUAAACACAAAUAGACAAUUGUUAUCUUUCAAAGAUGUAUUAUUAUUAUCUGAAUCAUUAGAGCAGGAAUGGCAUCAGAAUUUAUUACUUCUUAAUUAUAUGUACUCUAUAUAUUACAGUGUUUAAAUCCUACUUGUGUAUAUAUAUAUAUUUACUUAAUUUUCAUAACUUUUACUAGUCACUAAAUAUCUAAAUAUUAAGCUAUGUAAUAACAUCUGCAUAAUCUCCAUGUUAAAAACGGUUUAAUUUCUUAUUGAUUUGUAAAUUAUGAUUGUGUAACCAGAAUUAAGUAAAAAGAUGUAUGAGUUUACUCUUUUUUAUAAAAAUUCUAUAUCUCUAUAAAAAAAAGUGUUGUUUUUUUAAAUUUACAAGUAACAAAGUUACAAUUAUUUUUUCUUUUUUACUGUUAUCUUACAUUAUUGUAUAUCAUUAGGUAAUGUAUAUACAUAUAAAACAAAAGCAGAUGUUUUUAUAUAGUUCCUCCUUUGUGAUGUAAUUUUACAGCUGUGCAACAAUGAAAUUAAAAAAAUUCUUCUUACUAAAUGUCAGUAAUCUUAUUGAAGCUUAUCCAGCUUAGCAAUACCUAUCAUUUAUCAUUUUGAUUAGUAGUGCAAAUAAUUUACGAAACAUAUUGAACUUUAUUAACCAAUAAACUAAAAAUAUUAAAAGUAUAUUAAGAAAGAAAUCAAUAACUCAACAUAGCAACAUAUGGUAUAUCAUAUUUUUUAAUUUUUUGAAACCAUCUAAUUGGUAUUAAUUUAUAGUGUUAGCCAUUCUUUUUAGAAUAAAAACUAUAAAGUAAUAAUGUUGGCAAUAUAACAACAAAUUUUUCCAAACUAUAUAAUUUGAUGUAGUGCUUUAUAAUCUUGCCUUUUUGAAUCUUAUUAAAUAUGCUCAAUUCAAAUCCCAAAAAUUAAUUAACUCUUUUAUGUAAAUGCGUGUAUGGAUGUAUAUAUAUAUAAAAGAAUUAAUUAAUUUCAACAUAAAACUGCAAAGACAAAAGUGCCUAUUCUUAAAUUUUCUAAUCUUGAAUGUAUUUCAUUAACUGACAUGAUGUUAUAAUGCACUACAAAAUUGUAUUAUGCAUUCCAAACUGUAUAUCUGAUAUUGUAAAUAAUAGUCAAUCAGAAAAGUAACUUGCAUGUGAUAUUCAUUUAAGACUACUUAUAGCCGAAAUUCGAAGUUAUAUUCAGGUAACAAUAUUACAGUAUUAUAUAAUGUUAAAUAUUUGAUUGUUAUAUACUUCUGUGUAUAUCCAACAUCUUUCACAAUACUUAAAAAAUAUAAAUGAUAUAACAGUUA